CAGUUCCUGACGAAGUUUUAAAAAGUUUAAGGGAUGAAAAGGUUUCAAGAGUUCGACGUUUCUGCAAAGAAUUGGGUAUACCGGACAACGGUUCAAUGAUGGAUCUAAUCAUCAGACUUCGUGAACAUUCAAUAAAACAGACUGAUUAUGACAGGGCAUAUGAGAAAAUCUUUGGCACAUCUGGUGGAUGGCUUAUUGCUGCCUGUCCUCAUUCUGUGGUUUAUGCAGCGAAGAGUCUCCUCAGAGGUGAAAGUCCGAGAGAUUUCGUCGAUUUGAUGAGAUCUUUCAAACAUCGACCGAACAUCUUGAUAUCGGAUAUAGCCAACAGAGUAGCUGCCAGCGGAAAUAAAAUCACCCGCAUGUUUUAUCCAUUUGAGGGACGUGUGGCAGAAAACACCAACGAAAACUUAGAAAAGGCUAAAAGUGGGCUGUUUACUUGGGAAUUGGGGUGCCUUAAUGAGAUCGGGCCAGAAACAACAGUCAACCAGUCAAUAAGCAAUGAAAAAAAUCCAACAUCCGGGUCAUCGGAACACUAUAGCUUAUUUGACUGGUUCCACGAAGAUAAUACCAAGGAUGUUAAGGAAAUUCUGAGAAAGGUAUCUUUAGUGGAAGGAUUAGGGUCAUUUACCAACUCCCAAGUUGUUGAACAGUUUUUCAACAGCAUGAGAAGAGAUCUUUAUUUCCUAAACGAGAUGUCUCCAGCUGUUCAUGUUUUCAUCUGUCGCCUCAUGUUGCAAUUCCACAAUGAGAAAUCGAACAACUUAAUAAAAAAGCAACAGAGUAAGUUAUUUCCAACAGAGAUGUCUUUAAACCAGUUAGGUCAGUUAUGUCAGCAGUUUGGAGACGACAUCAAUGGUAUACAAACAUCAAUUGUUGAGAAUUUGGAAAUACGAGAAGAUCAUGGAUCAGGAAACGUUGGUCAGCCAUCAGAUGUCACCACACAGAAUACUUGCCCUACAGCUACUAGUAUGACUGAUAGAUCACCUUGCGCAGUUCCUUUACAUUUUCAGGAGCUAUCGCAAAUACAGAGCGCACUAAACUCGUCAGCCAGGGAGAAUUAUUCGAUCUAUUCCUCUUUAAUGCUGUCUACUUUUGAGGAAAAAAUAAGAGAGCUCACAAACACCUGGGACAACCUUUCUGACGAAGAAAGACAGGCUAUAUCACUGAACAUGGACUAUGUAUCAAAUGUUCUCUUCAAAUGUCCAUCGGAGAGAAGACUGUCAGAAGUGUCAAGCAUUUUUGUUGCAGGAUCUAAAUAA